UUCGCCAGAAAACUGGAGAAUGCGUGUGUAUCGACAAUAGAGGAGGGCAUGAUGACGAAGGAUCUAGCGAUUUGUAUAUAUGGACUAAAGGGUGCCAGUCCUGACAAAUACCUUCACACAGAACAAUUCCUCGAUGCCAUUGACAGGAAACUGCAUUCGUUGAUGAGUAGUUAA